GGGAUGUUGACAGCGUUGGUUGACAUUUCCAUUUUCUAGUCGGUUUAUUGAAAUUACAUGUGCUGUAGUGUGAUAUUGAAGCCGGCUCAUUACAAGAAACCGAAUCAAGAAUCGUAGAUAAUAGAAUUAAUAAAAAAAAUAAUAUUCCAAUAUGCAGCAAGAAACAAUACAACUGAUACAGAUUCUAGAAAAGACAGUUUCUCCCGACAAAAAUGAACUGGAACAGGCUUCCUCGUUUCUCGAACAAGCUGCAGCAACUAAUUUAUUGGGGUUCAUCAAAACACUUUCUGAUAUCCUAAGACAUGGAGGCAACAGUCCUGUUGCUAGAAUGGCAGCUGGUCUGCAACUGAAAAAUCAACUGACUUCGAAAGAUACCACCAUAAAAACUCAGUAUCAACAUCGAUGGUUAGCAUUUCCAGAAGACAUUCGAAGUUACAUAAAGAAAAAUGUGGUGGGCGCCCUGGGCACGGAGACCAACCGACCGUCGUCGGCGGCGCAAUGCGUCGCCUACAUGGCGGUAGCCGAGCUGCCGCAGAGGCAAUGGCCGGAACUGAUAGCCACGCUGGUGAGCAACGUGUGCCAGGGGGACUCGACGGAGAUGCAAAAGGAGGCGACGCUAGAGGCCAUCGGGUACAUUUGCCAGGAAAUCGAUUCGGAUGUGCUCGUAUCGCAAUCAAAUGACAUCCUGACGGCCAUCGUGCACGGUAUGCGGUCCACGGAGCCCAGCAAUCACGUGAGACUGGCGGCCACGCAGGCGCUCUUAAAUUCAUUGGAGUUCACCAAGGCCAACUUCGACCAGCCGACGGAAAGGAACUACAUCAUGGAGGUGGUGUGUGAAGCUACCCAAUCAGCGGACUCGCAAAUCAAGGUGGCAGCCUUGCAGUGUCUGGUGAAGAUCAUGUCUUUGUACUAUCAGCACAUGGAGACCUAUAUGGCGCCUGCUCUGUUCCCCAUCACCCUAGAGGCCAUGAAAUCCGAAAACGAUGCUGUGGCACUACAAGGAAUUGAAUUUUGGUCCAACGUUAGCGAUGAAGAAGUCGAUCUGGCCAUCGAGGAUACUGAAGCUUCUGAAGCUGGAAGACCACCGUCAAGAGUUUCAAGGCACUAUGCUAAGGGUGCUCUUCAAUACAUCGUGCCGAUACUCCUACAGAAACUCACCAAGCAGGAAGAACUCGACGACGAAGACGAUUGGAAUCCCAGCAAAGCUGCCGGCGUCUGCUUGAUGCUGUUGGCCACGUGUUGUGAAGAUGAAAUCGUCCAACACGUGCUGCCCUUCAUCAAAGACAACAUCAAGUCGGACAACUGGCGUUUCCGUGACGCUUCCCUGAUGGCCUUUGGCUCUAUCCUGGGCGGCCUGGAAAGCGCCACCCUCAAACCCUUGGUCGAACAGGCGAUGCCCACCCUCAUCGAACUGAUGUACGACUCCAGCGUGAUAGUUCGCGAUACGGCCGCAUGGACUUUCGGACGUAUUUGCGAGAUUAUCCCGGAGGCGGCUAUUAACGAGUCUUGUUUGAAGCCGCUGCUGGAGAGUUUGAUUACCGGUUUGAAGGCGGAACCGAGGGUGGCGGCGAACGUGUGUUGGGCGUUCUCGGGUCUGGUGGAGGCGGCUUACGAAGCUGCUGAUGUCAGCGACGAGUCAGGUACUCCGGACACCUACAUCCUGUCCCAGUACUUCGAAUUCAUCAUCCAGCGGCUGUUGGAGACGACAGACAGACCGGACGGAGCGCAGGCGAACUUGCGCCCCGCCGCCUAUGAGGCGCUGAUGGAGAUGGUGAAGAACAGCCCCAAAGAUUGUUACGUCACUGUACAGAAGACCACCAUGGUGAUACUGGAGAGGCUGCAACAGGUGCUGCAGAUGGAGACGCACAUCAGCAGCCACAACGACAGAUCUCAAUUCAACGAUCUGCAAUCGCUGUUGUGCGGCACCCUGCAAUCGGUGCUGAGGAAAGUGACGCCAGAAGACGCACCGCAAAUUUCGGACGCCAUCAUGACCGCAAUGUUGACCAUGUUCAAUUCCAAUUCCUGCAAAAACGGCGGCGUCCAAGAAGACGCUUUGAUGGCCGUCUCGACGCUGGUCGAAGUGCUCGGCGAGGGAUUCAUCAAAUAUAUGGACGCCUUCAAGCCGUUCCUGUACCUCGGUCUCAAGAACCACCAGGAGUACCAGGUGUGCUGUACUGCUGUGGGACUGACAGGCGAUAUUUUCCGCGCCCUCAGACUCAAAGUGUUGCCCUACUGUGAUGAGAUCAUGUCCCUUCUCUUGGAAAACUUAGGUGAUCAAUCGGUGCAUCGCAGCGUGAAGCCACAAAUUUUGUCCGUUUUCGGUGAUAUGGUUCUGAGUAUCGGAUCGGAGUUCAAGAAGUACUUGGACGUGGUAUUGUCGACUUUGGCGCAGGCGUCGCAAGCGCAGGUCGAUCGCAACGAUUUCGACAUGAUCGAUUACUUGAAUGAGCUGAGAGAGGGAGUUCUAGACGCCUAUACCGGAAUCAUACAGGGCCUUAAAGGUGAUGGCCCCACCCCCAACCCGGACGUCCUCGUCCUCGAGCCUCACGUGCCCUUCAUCGUGCAGUUCAUCGCGACGGUGGCUUCUGACGUCGAACACUCGGACGGAUGCGUUGCCGUCGCGGCGGGCAUCGUCGGUGACCUCUGUCUGGCGUUCGGCGCGGCGGUGUUGCCGAUGCUGGACCAGGCGCCGCUGGAGGAGAUGCUGGCUCAAGGCCGAAGGAGUCGCGUGACGAGGGCCAAGACGCUGGCCACGUGGGCGACGAAGGAGUUGCGGAAGUUGAAGGCUGCCGGCUCGGUGACGGUGGCCACGGCCAGCUGAUUCUGUUUGGUCCGUUGAAGCUGAAGAGCCUGUCGAUAGCAGCACCGCCACUGAUUGUACAUGUUGUAAUCCUAAAUUCCAUACUUUUAAUAAUUAUAUUUUUCUCGUAACUAGAAAUAUUGAAUUUCCCGUUGCCGCCGGUCUCACUACUAGGAACAAUUUAUCCUUUACUUGGUUUUCUCUGUGAACAUACGGACUCGUUAUCGGAGGGUGCUGCAUAUCCAUCAUGUGCUGUGUAUGAACGAAAAAAAUGUCGGUGAUAGAUAAUCGUUAGCUAAGAAACGCUUGUAUAUAGUGUCUGUUCUAGUGCGCAAGAGGGUUUGUGUACCGGCUCAAGACUGAUUGACGUGUUGGCAUCUUAUUUCGAUCACUCUGUGCGUCAGUUCAAUUUUUAAGUGAUGUAACUUAACGAGAAAUAAAGAAUUUUUUACAGUUUU